AUGCGCACAGACACACGUGGCGGUCGCUUGGCUGCCCUGUUUGAAGAACGCGACCUCCAUAUCCUAAACGACGGCUCCCCAACGUUUGUGCAGUCGACUCUCCUUUCGUCCUGCUUGGACCUGACUGUGGCCUCGGUCUCCAUUGCGCGGACCUCCAGGUGGCAAGUCGACGCUGACACGAUGGGCAGCGAUCACGUGCCUGUCCUGGUCAACAUUCGGCACUCCAGAACGGAGCGGCGCUCCGCACGGUGCGUCAAGCCUACUGACUGCGCGUCCUACAGAUCUGCUCUGGAGACCGACUUCGCAGACUCCAUGCCGAUGAAUGAAAGGGACUUCUGUCAAGCAGUCGUCCGUGCCGCGCAGUCCUCCACCAGCGUUGCGCGGAUACCGGAAAAAGUUCACUGCCGUCGAUGCGGAGUACGAGAGGCUGCGCGCGGAACGACGCGCCCGUCGCCGGAACACUGCCGGAACACACGUCUGAGGCGCGAGGUGUACAGAAGGCUGUCCACAGGCACCUGGUCAAACUGGCACCGCCAGCCAUUUCGAUCGCUUUCGCUUGCCUCUAAGCGUCAGGAACUCGAAAUAGCGGAGGAGUACUGCGACCACCUCGCCUCAGCCCCCACCAACUCACUAGCCUCAUCCAAGGACAUCCCCGUAGUUCUGGAGUCGUCGAGCGAACCUCUCCUAGACAUUCCAUUCUCCCUUGCUGAACUUGAAUCUGCGCUGGAGAAUGCACCCGUGCAUACCUCGCGAGGCGCGGACCAUGUGUCUUGCAAGGCACUCAGAAAUCUACCGCUUUGCACGCGCCAGUCUCUUCUGAGCAUUUUUCAACGCGUCCUGGGUAGCCGGUUCCGUCCCGACAGAAUGGAAAUCUGCAUCGGGAAGACUUUCGAGAGAAUGGUCCAUUCGCGCCUCGCCUGGUACCUUGAAAGUACGGGCUUCUUCCCGCUGGUGAUGGCCGGAUUCAGACAAGAUAGAUCUGCCGUUGACAAUGUCAUCGCCGUCACCUCCUCCGCGCAGCAAGCCCGAUCUGAAGGCCUACAUACCGCCGCUGUCUUCCUCGACGUUCCGAAGGCUUACGACAGCGUACUCCACAGUACUGUUGGUGGGACACUCCAAGAGGCUGGCGUGGGGGGCCGGAUGCUGUCAUAG